AUGGGGGCGAGGCCGAUGUUCUCUGGAGACGAGACGGCUUUGACGGCGAGGAGGUCGCAGUGUCCUGCGACUGCGAAACUCAACAGCGACGGCCCUAAACGGGUCCCCGUGUCCCAGAACAAGCAGGCGGGUGUGUCCACGUCCUCCCAGCGGGCCCUGGGCGUCUCCAACGGGCCGCAGCGCGUCCAGCGCCCCGCCGGGCCGCAGAAGCUGCCCCAGCCUCCGGCCCUGCGCAUCGAGGCCUCGCAGGCCUCCCGCGAGAACACCCCCCCGCCCGCUCGGGGCCGGACCACCUCCUCCUCCUCCGCUCCUGCCCCUGCGGAGCCGCCCGCGCAGGAGAAAACUGCAGAUAAAGCUGUGGCCACUGGAUCUAUGAACUCUGUCAACUCUAACUCUAAGAAGCGCUGGAGCCUGGAGAACUUCGACAUCGGCCGGCCGCUGGGAAAGGGCAAGUUCGGGAACGUGUACCUGGCGAGGGAGCGGCAGUCCAUGUUCAUCCUGGCCCUGAAGGUGCUCUUCAAGAAGCAGCUGGAGAAGGCGGGCGUGGAGCACCAGCUGCGCAGGGAGGUGGAGAUCCAGUCGCACCUCAGGCACCCCAACAUCCUGCGCCUGUACGGGUACUUCCACGACUCGUCGCGCGUCUACCUCAUCCUGGAGUACGCGCCCAAGGGCGAGCUGUACAGCGAGCUGCAGCGCUGCACGCGCUUCGACGACCAGCGCAGCGCCACGUACAUCACGGAACUGGCCGAUGCCCUCCAUUACUGUCACUCCAAGAAGGUGAUCCACAGGGACAUCAAGCCGGAGAACCUGCUGCUUGGCGCCAACGGGGAGCUGAAGAUCGCAGACUUUGGGUGGUCUGUGCACGCCCCUUCCUCCAGGCGGUCGACGCUGUGCGGGACGCUGGACUACCUGCCCCCCGAGAUGAUCGAGGGGCGGACGCACGACGAGAAGGUGGACCUGUGGAGCCUGGGCGUGCUGUGCUACGAGUUCCUGGUGGGCAAGCCGCCUUUCGAGACCAGCAGCCACCAGGAGACGUACCGCAAGAUC